UUUAUUUAUCUAUCUAUCUCUCCCGCUCUCUCUCCCAUCUCGCUGCUCAACCCACCGUGUCCUCUUUAUCUGCCUCUUCAUCGCUCUCUAGCUCCCUUUCAGCUGAUGGAGCUUAUUGUGGACAAAUAGGCUUAGGGAGCAUCACUAUGGCAACGGCGAAUCGUAAAAAGCAACAUAAGCACUUCAUCAGGGGCCGUGAUCCAUUGGCUCCCGUUGGAGAUGGGUGCCCCCAACCUCCUGCAACAAGUAAGGGCAGGCCAGAGAGGCUCCUGGGAGGGAGGAGGGGGUGAGAGGUGGAGAUAAUAUUGUAGGACUGAGAGCAGAGAGAGGGAGAGAGGGAGAGAGAGAGGAUUCAAUUCUCUUCUCUCUCUGCUUUUCAUUAAGCCAGUUUCCUCUCUUCAGCAUCCGUCUCUGGUUUUCUGAGGGGCUUCCUUCCUUUUUAGGGAUUUCUUGUGGAGUCUAAGAUAAAACUUAAAAAGAAGAAGAAGAGGGGGGCUGUGAAGAAGAACAAGGCCAUGGCCUCCUGGUUCAACUGGAAUGAGCCGUAUCACCGCAGCCCCCAGCGUGACCCGGCCGACGUGGUCACCGACACCCUGAUGCUGGAGUUCAGCUGGCAGCUGAAGGAGGCAGAGAGGCAGCACAGAGAGAGGGAGAACGAGUACCGGCGCCUCAAGACCGGGGUGGACUACAGCUGGCUGGCCAGCACACCUCGCUCCUCCUUCAGCAUCAGCACCGGGGAGAAGCUGGGCCUGGAGGACCUCUGCUCCAAGGUGCCGCCUCCCUGCUGCGGCCUCGUCAUACUCAAGUUCAGGGAGGUCAUGCAGGCCAAUGAGCCCGAGGUGCAGGAGGUUCCCGGCCUGUUUCGCUCCGUCCUCCUGGAGGCUCUGGAUCACCUGAAGGAGGAGCAGGAAGCUCAGCGGCUCGCCCGCCAGUGGAACAACAAACGUGCCAUGAGCAUGUCCCUCAUAAACUUCAGGUCCCGCAUCAAGAUCAAUCCGUUCGGAAGCACGGUGGGCCUGACCUCCGCUGUGGCCGAGGGGGCGGGGAUGAGCGACCUCAAAACCGUGUCAGAAGAUGUGGAGAGAGGGAUGGAGGGGGGGGAGAGAGCGCAGAGGGUGUGGAGCAUGCCUGAUUUCAGAUACAAAGGAGCCAACAGCAGUAAGGUGGUCUGAUGUGGGGCGUUCACGGGACAGUGAUGGGGAGACAUUUGAGUGGGACAGAUGCUGAUCUCCAGGACUCUCUACUGCAGUAUGUCCACUUUGCACCGGGCGAGGAAGGAUGAAUCCCAUAAUCCUCCAACUCUCUUCAGUAUGACACCAAUCAGCAUUUGAGCCAUUUUACUGCAUUGUCUUCACACCUGAAAGGGCAAUGUCAGGUGUUUAGCUCAGAUCUUCUGUAACUUUGACUGCACCUUUUUUGUGAUGGUUUCAACUUUGCUUGAGAUUUUCGCCUCUUGCUGUGAAGAUCUUAUCAGUAGACAUUUACUGUAGCCUGGUAAGGAUAUUUAUGUGAUUUAAAGUAGGGAUGUCCCGAUCCAGUCUCAAAGAUCAGUAUCGAGGCGAUCAAGGCUUAUUUUGUUUAACCGAUGGGUAUGUUGAGCCUGAGUGCAGCCGUCGUCAACUCUCCGCUGUCUCUUCUCCACUCCGGUAGACUCACAGGUCAGUCUGUCAGUGAAUAGAGACUGAGGACUUUGCAGAACCAAUCAAAAGUCUUUAGGGCUAUCACAUAGUGGUGACGUCGUUCUGUGCUUCUAAACACUAUUGUAUCAUAUAACGUUGCUAAGGAUGUCCAUUUGUAAAAUUUUAAAAUCUAAAGUUCCUUUCACGCUGGUGUAAAAUGUCUUUAAAGGGUAGUAUGUUUGUCAGCAGCUGUUCAGACAACUACUUUGCCUUUAGAAAUCCCCAAACGACUGAGAACAUAACACAGUAUGAGAUGAAUCGUAUGUUUGUUUGAUAUUUUAUUUGCACUCAUUUUAUCUGAGCUCAGUGUGAGAGUUGCAGCUCAUGCUUGGAGAACAAUCGCAUUCACACCAUGAGCAAAAAGCCAAUAAGAGUAAUUUAUUCAUGUAAUCAGCGCAAAAGAUGUAGACGACAAAACACUCAACAGAAUACAGUUCAUUCAGUUCAACUGAAGCCAAAGCUGCACCAAAGUAACAGAAAGUAAGAGAGAGAAAGCGACAAGGCCAAAAAGAUUAGAGAGGUGAUUGUUAUUUUAUAGUCAAUUAUCAAACAUAUAUGCUUACGUUGGAUUGAUUUGAAUAACUAUAAUGUACUCUAAGUGUGCACUGUGCAUCUGUACUAUUUAGGAAAAUAGAAAUAUCGGAUCAGGACUCGUAUCGGCUGAUAUUCAAUAUUAAACUGACUGAGAUGGAGAUCGGGACAUCCCUAAUUUAAAGGCUUUCUUAACCCCUAAAUGUUGCAGGAAUGAAUGAAAUAUGUUGUCACGCAACACAAACUGACUGCAGAGGUGAAUGAGCUUUAACGACAGAAUGUUUUGUAUGAGAUUUAUGUAGAAAUGUUAAUAACUCAAAUUCCUGGUUAACAGUCGAUGUUCACAUAAAUGUCAUUCGGAGGGUGAGUCAUCCUCUCUACAGACCGCUCUUUGUUUUCCGCCAACAGCACACUCAGGACUCAUCAUUAUUCAUCAUGCAAGGUCAGCUUUUCUGUUGUUCUUCAGAGGCAGGAAAGCAUCCAGUAAAAUAAAUAAAAUAAACACACAUAGAAAUGUUAUCAGACCUUCUAGAGUGAAAUAUUUAAAAUUAAAAUAUUUCCAGCAGUU